GAAGGCAUCACGGCGAUUGGCAUAACUGCAUGAAACAGUGAUUAACAAAAUCCCAUUGCCAAUUAUCACCAUGCUUCGCCAAGUAAAACCUCGUAACGCUCGCUCCAAGAGAGCCCUCGAGAAGCGCGAGCCCAAAGCCAUCGAGAACCCCAAAACAUGCCUCUUCCUCCGCGGCAACAACUGCUCCCAGGUUGUCCAAGAUGCCAUGAACGACUUCUUCUCCAUGCGCCAGCCCCUCUCCAAGAAAUUCACCAAGAAGAACCCCAUCCACCCCUUUGAGGACGCCGCAUCCAUCGAGUUCUUCUCGGAGAAGAACGACGCCAGCCUUUUCGUCUUUGGCAGCACACAAAAGAAGCGCCCCCAUGCGCUGACAUUUAUCCGCACGUUUGGCCACAAGGUGCUGGACAUGUUGGAGCUGUACCUCGACCAGGAGAGCUACCGCUCCAUUACGCAGUUCAAGACCAAGAAGUUUGCCAUUGGCAUGCGACCCAUGGUGCUCUUCGCGGGCAGCGCCUUUGAGAGCCCCGUGCCGAACGAAUACACGCUCGCAAAGAGCUUCUUCAUGGACUUCUUCCGGGGAGAUACCGCGGACAAGAUCGACGUCGAGGGCCUGCAGUACAUCGUCUCCAUCGCCGCCGAGGACACCGCCGGCGAAGGCGACGCCAAGCCCGCCAUCCACCUGCGGGUGUACCUCAUCAGCACCAAGCGCAGCGGCCAGAAGCUGCCCCGCGUAGAAGUUGAAGAGAUUGGUCCCCGCAUGGACCUGCGGGUCGGACGCAUGAGGGAGGCAGACGAGGCGAUGCUCAAGGAGGCGAUGAGGAAGGCCCGCGGCACGGAGGAGAAGACGAAGAAGAACGUCUCCAUGGACUCAAUGGGUGACAAGCUUGGUCGUGUCCACUUGGGCAAGCAGGACCUGAGCCAGAUGCAGACAAGAAAGAUGAAGGGAUUGAAGAGAUCUCGCGACGAUGCCGCUGAAGCGGACGACGUUGUCGAAGUUGACGAUUCAAAGCGAGCAAAGAAAUAAAGGAGCAAAAGUAACAAGAAUCUAAUAGAAUGGAGGGAAGGAGGAGGGGAAAAAGAUGUCUGGCGUGCUUAAAUUCUGGGAAUUGGAGUUUGGCGUCUUGGGCGGCUUUAUAGUCGGCUUCUAUCGAUCACUGCUAUAUAGUGUCCUGAGAUUUUGUUUUCUACUAUCAAGACAUCAUAAUGAGAUGAAUUGAUGGAUCUAGAUUCAUAAGCAUUC